GUUGAGAGGCAGGGACUAGGGUUUAGGCAAAGAAUUCUCGGCGGUGUUUGUCUGCCAGGCGUGGUUGGUGACGAGUACGUCUAUCGCUCGGGGUGUGGUGCUCGGGUAUGGGCACAAAUACCCCUCCGGCAUGUCACGCGACACCAGGAAGCAUCACCAGCACGAGCAGUCCUCCUCAUCGGCAGCGGCAGCAGCAGCGGCAGCUGACCCACGUGCAAGACGCCGCCGGUCCACCAAACCGCCCGAGAAACCAAUCGUAAGUCAUGCCAGAUGAGUCCAACACCAUCUGACGUGCACAUACAUAUACCUGUCCUGUGUGUGUUGUGUUUGCCAGGACGAUUGGUAUCGACACGCACAGAAGAGGGGCCAAGGCAACACCCUCGCCUGCAACGACGGACCGUCGAUGGCGCUCAGCGUCUUUGCGACCAACGUGCAGCCUGUGACGGAGCACUUGCUCAUCAAGGCGCCACGGGAGAAGCACCUGACGGCGAUGCCAGAGGUAAACACAUGUGGACACAUGAGUGCGUGCACAUGCAUCGUGCGUGGUGGAUGUGUGUGUGCAGGAGCAGUGACAGGGCGGCGAUACGCCUUGGUGGAAAACGACGCAG